AUGGCUUCUCAGACACACAAAAUAGAGUCUGAGAGCCCCACGGGGGCUGAUCCCGAAGUUAUCAGAGAGGAGGAUGCUACUGUUGAGGCAGGCAAUUCGCAGGAAGAGCCCCACGCUGCUCCUCCCGAGUCUCCUGCGCUAUCCCUUUCUGAGUCCUCAGCAGUGCCAACCCCUACUGCGUCUGCUACUGCAUCGCCGCAGCUUCCUAGUAGUCCGACAUGCAGCGAAGAGCCUGUCGUGAGGCGAAAAUCGCGUAGUGGGCGCCCCAUUUCCGCCAAUCCUGGUGUCAUGUCUCCUGUGCUGCGUCAAACCAGUAACCCGUCUUCGUCAGGUCUCGAGCGCCGCCAGUCUAGACGUUACUCACGUAUUUUGCCCAUUGAUACGAGCGAGGCUCCGGCCACGCCAGCAUUGCCAUCACCAACCAAAGAAUCACCACCUGAGGACAACUCUGUCAGGUCGGAGUCUCGGUCCAAUUCGAUUUUUGGCAGUUUGUUACGACCAGAAAAAGCACCGAAUUCCUCACCAAUUAAACGAUUCCAGUGGUUUAAACACAACAAUUUGUCUGGGAGUGUAGUCUCGCCCAUGCAAAGUACGGAUUCGUUGGUUCCUGGACCCCGCAGUGACUUUGUUCUUCGACGCAUCAAUGCCACUAAUGAACAACGUCAAGGUGAGGAAGCCAAAGAAGACUUUAGAUCAGGAAUUCGGGAGUUGCAACAGAAUUUCGCCGAGAUGACCCGCGAGUCUGACCGCUACGCUGGUAUCGACUGGGAGUUCUGGUCUCAAGUCGUUCAGGAUUUCGAGUUGGUAGCCCGUACACAAAGUCUGCAUCUUCGCAAAGCUAUCCAAGGUGGUUUCCCGCCAGAGCUUCGAGGGAUCUUGUGGCAAUUAAUUGCGUCGUCGAAAUCAGCUGCCCUCGAGCAUUUGUAUUCGUCUUUGGCGGCAGAGACGUCGCCUCACGAAGGUGCGAUCGAAAAAGAUCUGGACCGUACGUCAAUGGCCAAGCAAGUAGACCGAGCGUCGCUCAUGCGAUUGCUUAAGGCGUAUUCCCUAUUUGAUCCCGAGGUUGGUUACACCCAGGGUAUGGCGUUUCUCGCAGUACCGCUACUAUUCGACCUGAGUGAAUACGACGCGUUCUGCUUGUUUGUUCAAUUGAUGAAAGGCUACGAUUUCCGCAGCUUGUUUUUGCCUGAAAUGCCAGGAUUGCAUCUCAAAUUAUAUCAGUUUGAGCGUCUCAUUGAGGACCGUUUGGAGACUGUCCACACGCAUCUGAAACGCCAGGGUGUUUUGCCAUCAAUGUAUGCAUCUCAAUGGUUCUUGACGCUAUUUGCCUACAAGUUUCCAUUGAGCUUGGUCGAGCGCAUUUUUGAUAUCGUGGUUGCCGAGGGCUAUGAGGCAGUGUUACGGUUUGGUUUUGCACUGAUUGUUAAAAGUGCUGAUCGGAUUCUCCAGUUGGAUUUCGACGAUUUGUUGCCGUUUUUGAAGGACAUUAUUUUUGAUUGUUAUGUUGAGACUCCCAACGAUCUAGUCAAGGACGCGUCGCUGGUGGAGCUCACGCCCUCAGUGCUUGCGAAAUACGAGCUGGAGCAUCAAGAGCUCAACCGGUUUGAGCGUGAACGCAAUGAACAAAUUGAUUCUUUAAGAUCGUCAAACUCGAGACUGACGCUACAGGUCCGACAAUUAGAGACAUCGUUGGCCGAACUCAACCUGGAGCAUGUCGAGAUCGCAAACAAAAUGGUCGAAUCUGGACUUGAAAAUGCUCGAUUGACUUUUGAAAACGAGGAGCUGCAACGCGAAGUUGACUUUUUACGGCAGGCCGUAGUAGAUGAAUCCGACAAAGUAGAUCUCCUCAAGAAAGUGGAAGAGUUGUCAGAGAUUCGCCGUCGUUUAGAAAGUCAAAUCGGGGGCCUACAGGAUGCAUUGUCUGAAUUGGCCACGGCUUCGCCUCGUCUUAAAUAG